AUGAGUUCAGUGACAUGGUCAACAAGUGCUGAGCAUGCCGAUGAGUUGCUUUCGUUACCCGCGCAGCAGUUUGUGGAUAUGCUCAAUGAAUUUUUGACUACGGAUAUUCAUCAAAAUUCUAUAACGAAUCAAUUUCUGUCAUUCACGGGACGUGCGUUACGUGAAAUAUUUUCUGUGACAGAGAAACGACAAGUCAUACUGCCGACUGUUUUAUCUGUAUUUGAAAAUACUCGUGCUGCAUUUCCAUUGGGUUUUGGACACACUCACAGCUACGUUGCCACGCGAGCUGCUUUGAUUGGUGAUGCGGCGCACCGCACACAUCCUUUGGCUGGCCAGGGAGUGAACUUGGGUUGGAAUGAUGUGGUAAUCCUGUUGCAGUGUCUCGAACAGUGUGUGACAGAUGGUGGCGAUCUAGGCUCAUUAACUUAUUUGGCUGAUUAUGACACGCAAGGGCAGCGACGGAAUGUGCCUGUGCAAGUGGCUUGUGAUUGGCUUAAUCGCCUUUAUUUGACAAGCAGCACACCUCUUAUUCUAACGCGCUCAUUUGGAUUGAAUUUGAUCGCUGAUUUGCAACUCUCUAUCAUUCCCGGUACCUCCGCUAUGUAG